GGCUUGUGGCAGCAGCAGGCAGUGGCUGAUGUGAGCCACAGCCCUACCUGGGGUGGGGAAGGGAUGCUGGGCCCCUCAGCAGCACUGCCCUGGGGUACCUGCCUGCUGCCCAGAGUUAUGCUGUCCUGCAAGAGGACAGAAGGAAAAUGGUGUAUGUCUCCUGGGCUGUGCUGGUUCAGGUAGGUGGGUGCUCUGUAGCUUCCUGCUUCAGGGGUGGAGGUGGAGGGAUGCCUGGGACAGCCUUCCUGGGUGGCACAGAGGACUGUGCUCAAGCCCCUUCCCACCAAUGUGAGGCGUCUGAUGUGGAGCUCUCGUGGCAACUGUAGUGGGGCUAAUGCAGAGAAAGCUAGGGAAGCACUCAGGGUGUUUCCUGGGAUGUAAAGUCACAGAGAUGGUGGUAGCUGCCUGCCAGGAAUGGGUUGGCAGAGGGCCCAGGCUGUCUCCCCUGCCCUGAGGGCUGGCACACAGCCAGGGUCAAGUGCUCAGCCAGCAGCACAAGGUUGCAGAGGUGCCUGGGCUCCUCAGCCUGCAGGAGGUGGCCAAUGCAAGCACAAUGGAGCAGUCUGGAGUGGCCUGAGAGCAGUGAAAACCCUGUGGCAAGAGAACAGAAGGCACCACAAUUGCGACAAGAGCUGGUUCUUCACACGCUGGCAGCACCUCACCGUGAUAGGUGCUGAGCAUCAUUGGCCUGGAGGGAAACAGGGUGUGCUGUGACAGCACAUUUGGCUGAGGGAGAGCAGCCCCAGCCUGGGCUCGUCCUUUGUGGUCCUUGGCACCCACAGGUUACCCACAAGGACUUAGGUGAACAUCUACCCUGUGUUGUCCAGCAGCUCUAACUCCCCUCCUCAAUCAGCUGCCUUGGCCACAGGUGCGCUCUCAGUCUGUGAAAUAAAUGGUGGCGUUUUUUUGCUGUGCACUGAAGCACCAAGCUUACUCUCCUUGCAGGGUGCCAGGCACUAGGAAACACCUCCUGAGCACCAGAGUCCCUGGGCUGGGUCGUGCGGUGCUGAGCACAGAGGCUCCCCAAUUCUCUCAAUUCUGUCCAUGAAUGGCUGUCACUGGGAAGAAUCACAAUCUCUGGGGCAUCGAGUGGACACAAUAGGCCCCAGAAAGGCUCAGCACUCCCUGCCAGCUGCCUCUGGAGAGCAAACCUUUGGCAGGGAGAAGUCUUCUCUGGGAAGAAAAUAAGGGGCUCAUCAGCGAGAGGGGUCACUGAUACCUCACUCCUCUUCAAGGGGCUCUCUUGGGUUCACGGGUGCUGUGGCCCUAACCUGCCUCUGCCAGGCUUGGGCAUGGGACACUGCUCACCACCUUGGUCCAGGUGUCUCCAGUGCAUUUUCUUGGCUUAUCAGCUCCUUCUCCCAGCACCCAGCCCAGUCAUCAGUGAUGCUGGAGAGCACAGCUCCCAGGCAGGCAGACUAGACACAGGAUGUUCUGCUGGGCUGGCAGGAGCUGGGCAGAUGUGUGCCCCACAGGGGAUCCCCCUGCUGUCUUUGUCACUGCCCCCUCCUGAGCGGCAGGUUUGCUUUAAAGACCCUGGCUUCCUUUUAUUACUUCCCCUCUCAAAUUGCAGCUGGCUGCAAGGGCUAUUUUUAGCAGCCUGCCUUCUAAAAAUAGCCCCGAGCUGUUUGGAGUUGCGUCACAAGAGGUAACUCUCUCCGUGAGUGGCUUGGCCUCUGCACUCCAGGAGGGUACAAAAGGAGGCCAGGAGCAGCAGGGUCAGCAGGUUCAGCCACAGCCAGAGGCGAAGGAGGCAGCGUUUCCCUGCCAGCUUCAGGCCAUCCCAGUCCCGGCAGCAUGACCAUCUUCUGCAGCCACUGCCACCGGCCCCUGCAGGCGGAGAUGAGCUGCCUGCCCAGGAGGGCCAAGCAGGCACCCAGCGCCUCGAGGCCGUUCAGGUCAACCAAGAGUGCCUCCAAGGCUCGCCGAGACCAGAUCAAUGCGGAGCUGCAGGCGCUGCGCUCCCUGCUGCCCAUCUCCGCAGAGGAGAAGGAGCGGCUCUCCUACCUCCACACCAUGGCCCUGGUGUGCCUCCGGCUGCGGGGGGCUCAGCUGUUCCCUCCAGGCUUGGCUCCUCCUGCGGGUCCGGCCCUCGGCACAGAACUACUCUCCCUGCUCCCGGGAUUUCUGCUUGUGCUCUCAGCCGACAACAAGCUGGUCUACAUCUCAGAGAACGUGGCUCAGGUGCUGGGCCUCUCCGUGGUGGAGCUGCUUGCCCAAGGGGACACGGUCUUUGACAUCCUGGAUGGGCGAGUGGGAGAGGAUGUGCACAAGAAGCUCCUCCUUGCCCAGGAGGAGCCUGGCAGGGAAGUCACUUUUGUCAGCGAGAUGCGUACAUCCAAGGCCUUCCGGCUGCAGCAUGGGGGGAAUCGGGUCGUGGCAGUGUGUGGGCGCUUUGUGGCCCUGCGCUGGCCACCGUCCCCCUCCACCACAGCCUUCCUGGCCCUCUGCACACCCGUUGUGCAGUCGCCCACAGAUGGCGAAGCUGCUUCCCAGGAUGACAUAUUCCAGAGCAUGCAUCUCCUGGACAUGACGUUUAUUGAUGUCACGGAGAGUGUCACCUACCACCUCGGCUACCACAGGGAGGAGCUGGUCGGUCAGUCGUGGUACAGCCUCCUGCACCCUGAGGAUGCUGACUUGGCAGCUGCCCAGCACAGGGCCGUGGCGCUGGGAGCCGGGGCUGGGCCCGCAGCAGGGACCGCCGUGCUGCGAGUGCUGCGCAAGGACCGCGCCUGGACCUGGCUGCGCGUGUGGGCGCGGCGGGACGGCGGCUGCAUCACCUGCACCUGCCGCUGCCUCAGGGAGGAGGAGGCGGCCCACCUGCGCGCCCGGCAGCCCCGCGCCGCCGCCCCGCCCGCGGGCCGGGACCUCGGGCGCCUGGCCGAGCAGCUCCGCGCCCUGGCCGACAGCCUCUCGCCGCCCGCGCCGCGCCGCUGGCCCCGUCCCGAGGAAACCGAGGACGAUGCCUCUGUCUGCCUUGGGAACUCUCUGCUGGACCCUCCCCAGUUCCUUCGCUUUCCUUUUGAACAGAAAAUAGGAUGCAACAUUCCAAACAGCGAGGAGGAGGCGGCCGCGGAGCAGCCGCUCGGGAGGCUGGAGGCGGUGGAGGAGGGCUCUGGCGACAGCGACAGCAGCGACGACGGCGGGAGCGUGGCUGGGGCUGGCGGGAAAGGUGAGGGGGGCCCGGCGGGAGCGACUCCGGGACAGGCGGCGGCCUCAGCCCGGGGCACGGUCGGGGCGUCCCGGAUGCCCGGUUAG